UCUUGCUGGCUAACUUCAUUCACUCAUGUUCCUUCUUGGUCCAGGAACUCUGAAAAUACUACCUUCAAGACGCCACGAUGUGGAUCUUGAUUUCUUCCUGAUGUUUAGUGUGGUUGAUGAGAACGAGAGUUGGCACCUGGAUGAAAACAUUGCUUCCUUCUGCACUGAGCCAGACUCUGUUGACAAGGAAGAUGAAGAGUUCAGGGAAAGCAACAGGAUGCACGCCAUUAAUGGUUAUGUCUUUGGGAACCUCCCUGAGAUCACAGUGUGUGCCGGGGAUCGUGUGUCGUGGCAUCUCUUUGGGAUGGGCAGUGAGAUUGACGUCCAUACCGCCUUCUUCCACGGACAGACUCUGACCGUCCGAGGACACAGGACUGAUGUGGCCACCCUUUUCCCAGCAACAUUCGUGGCAGCUGAAAUGGUCCCUCACAACGUUGGCAAAUGGCUGUUGACCUGUGAGGUCUCUGACCACUUGCAAGGUAAGGCACCUUCCCCCUUGGGAGUCACUGUCACAGCAGAGGACACGGGCUCUUCUCCACUUUGCAUGACCAGCACAAAAGUGGGCAAACUGCAGACAGCUGAGCAUGGAGCAGAAGGUCAUGAGAGCAGAGUGAAGAGCUGAACCAAAUCCGUAACAUGUUCUUCUUUCAGGGCCAUGCUCUAAAUCAGUUGUCCGCAGGAUAUGGUCAAAGAAGUCAAGAUGGCAGCUGGGACAGUACAGGCUCUUUUUAUGUGUGGCUUCUAUCGCACCAUCCUCACAGCCUCUACCUUAACUUUUUCACCAGAUUCUGAGGACACCCCUGCUCAGUGCGUUUGAUGAAGUACAUUAUGAUCCAUGAAAGAGAUGAUGGUGAAAUUGUGUACUCCCCCCCCCGCCCCCAAAAUAAUUAGAUACCACUUUGGCGACUUUUUCCAGAAAUUUAUAGGUAUUACAUUGUGAACAUUUUCUGGAUCUAAUGCUUUAGGAGAGGGCCCUCUUCCCAAAGAUAGGAAAAUUGACUCAAAAAUGACUCAAGGGAAACAACAGAGAAGGCAGGGGGAACGAAAGCUAGAAUAAACGGACAGACAGUGCAACUUCAUGCAAUCUUAAGUGUGAUUUUUGCAUGAUCAAUACUUUCACUAAUGAUGUGAAUAAUUAUGCUUAUCAAAUGUACCAAUGAUACAGAAUUGGAUAGGGUAACUAAAACUUUAGAAGAUAGGCAUAACAUUCAGAAUAAUCUUGAUAGAAUAGAGAAAUGGCCUGAAAGAAACAGAAUAAAAUUUAGCAGAAACAAGUACAAAGCAC